GGAGAGGAUGGGAGAGACUCAGCAACCUCAACAAUCGUCGAGAUUGGGAAUGAGGAUCACCGCCCCCGGAGGGGGAGAGAUCGUAGAAGUACAAGGAGGCCACAUUGUCCGAUCCACAGGAAGGAAAGACAGGCACAGCAAGGUCUGCACUGCAAAGGGUCCUCGCGACCGAAGGGUUCGUUUGUCUGCUCACACUGCUAUUCAGUUCUACGACGUUCAGGACCGAUUGGGCUACGACCGACCCAGCAAGGCCGUCGAUUGGCUCAUCAAGAAGGCCAAAGGUGCAAUAGACGAGCUCGCCCAGCUUCCUGCUUGGACCCCAACCACCACCAUCAUCACCACCACCAGUAGCAGUGCUGCAGCUCCUCCUCCUGCCAACACUGCUCAAACACUCGAGCAAGGCCACCAAGAGGAGAACGGGCUUCAUUUCCGCCACAAAACUGACACUGCAGUGGUUGGUUCGAGUAAGAGGCCCAUGGCUGCUGCCGAGCCAACGCCUUCUGGGUUUCUUUUUCAGCAUCAGCAGCAGCAGAUGAACAAUCCCAACCGAAACCACAGCUCCAGCUUCCUGCCCCCUUCUCUAGACUCAGAUUCCAUUGCCGACACCAUAAAAUCCUUCUUCCCCAUGGGUGCUGCUGCAUCCUCGUCUUCCAUCCAUUUCCAGAACUACCCCCCAGACCUUCUCUCCAGAACCAGCAGCCAAGCUCAAGAUCUUCGUCUCUCACUACAGUCCUUUCAAGACCCAAUCCUUCUACACCAGCAGCAGCAACACCAUCAUCAAUCUUCCAAUCCUUCGGCCGAACAGGCCCUUUUCUCUGGUUCAGCUCCAUUGGCGUUUGAUACCGCCUCCGCCGCUUGGUCUGAAGAGCCGCCACAGCAGCAUCAGCAUACAGCGACGGAUACAACACGGUAUCGGAGAAUGGUUGCUUGGAAUGCCGGAACGGAUACAAGCAGCAGCUCAGGAGGAGGUGAAGGAGGAUUCGUCUUCCAUUCACCACAGCUGCUGCAACCGUUUCUAGGCCAAAACCAGUUCUUUUCUCAGAGGGGACCCCUUCAGUCCAGUAACUCACCUUCAGUUCGCGCUUGGAUGGAUCCGCAGAUUCCUGCAGCCGAUCAUCAUCAUCAAGCAGCUUCAGUUCAUCAAUCUUCAAUCUCUGGCAUCGGAUUUGCUUCAGGUGGAUUCUCCGGCUUCCGCAUUCCAGCACGAAUUCAAGGUGAAGAGGAGCACGACGCUGUUUCCGACAAGCCGUCCUCUGCUUCCUCUGUUUCACGGCAUUGAGUGCACAAACCGAAAUUCUCCCUUCAUCAGGAAUUCUCUUUCUUGAUGGAUGAGCCCAAAUGAAUCUGUAACGAGGAAGAAGAGAUUUUCGGUUUCUUGCAUCAAUGGCUAACCGUGGGAAGAAGAAAUCUGUGUGGAUUCUCAGGUUGUUCUGUCCCCGGUUCGCUUGCAUGAGUUAGUUUAUCUUAUAUUUCCAGCUUUCCUGUUUUCCUGUUUAGAUGGGCUCUUUGAGCUCCACUUUGUUCUAUCUUUGUUUGAUUCCUGUGCUACUGUAAGACUUUGGAUUCUGUUUUCCCUGUCUUUCCGUUAAUGUUUUUACUCAGGGGGAGAAGAAAAGACUAUGUUUGUUCUUAUAAA